AUGUAUCCCGUUCUUGUAAUCUCGUUCUUGACCUGCCUCAAGCCAAAAAUCAAAAACGCCUGGUACGCCUGUACUCCGAUUUCGUUCGCGCAUAACAGCACAGAAAAGCAGUCAUCUGUUUUUACUUUGCGCUUAACAGCACUAUCCGUGUGCUCUUCCGAUUGUUCCGGCAAUGAAAAUAUUCAUGAUAAGGAUGCGGCUCUUCUGUUUAAAUGUAGUCACUGCCCGAAGUCCUACAUAAGAAAGUCAAGCCUACAACAUCACAUCCGUACGCACAUAGGGGACCGACCAUAUAAGUGUUCCGACUGCCCUAAAUCGUUUCAACAAAAAUCCCAUCUCAUUGAACACACCCGUAUUCACACUGGGGAGCGACCAUAUAAAUGUAAUCACUGUUCGAUGACUUUUUCGCGAGCCGGAGUUCUAAGCGAUCACAUCCGCUCACAUACAGGUGAUCAACGCUUCAAUUGCUCUUUCUGUACGAUGUCUUUUAACAAAAAACAGCAUUUGGAAACACAUGUACGUACUCACACAGGAGAAAGACCGUAUAAGUGUUCACACUGCCCCAAGUCCUUUUCCCAAGCUGGAACUCUUGGGGUGCACGUCCGUACACAUACCGGCGAACGAGCCUACAAAUGCUCCGAGUGCUCAAAGUCGUUUAUACAAAAAUACGAACUCAAAUUACACAUUCGUACGCAUACUGGGGAGCGACCGUAUCAGUGCAGUCAAUGUUCAAAGGCGUUUACGCAACAUAACACCCUCAAAGCGCACAUCCGAAGUCAUUCCGGAGAUCGACCUUUUCAAUGCACUCACUGCUCAAAAUCAUUUAAGCAAAAAUCUGGCCUCAAUGUGCACACUCGUACGCACACUGGAGAACAGCUGUACCAGUGUUCUUACUGCGAAAAGUCCUUUAAACAAAACCACCAUCUGCAAAUACAUACCCGUAUUCACACAGGUGAUCGACCCUACUCGUGCACUCACUGCUUCAAGUCAUUCAAGCAAAAACACCAUCUCACCGAACACAUCCUUACCCACACUGAGGAGAAACUCUACACGUGUUCUUACUGCCCAAAGACAUUUAAACAAAACUCUUAUCUUCAAAAGCACACCCGAACUCACACAAAAAAUGACCGUUAACGUGUAAAAAAGGGAAAAAUGUAAUUCUUCAUUUAGCCACUCUUCGACAUAAAAUCUAUACAACACCUAAACCACGACCUUUAGGGCUAGCGCACACUAGAGUGUGCAGCUGAAGAUACUGAUAACGGAUCCCCUCAUCAUACAAUGCAGAACGAUUCGAUAAUUUAUUUAACUUUAGUUAUUCCCGAAAAGACAAAAAUGUAUUGUACUAAUUUAAAUACAAAUUCAUCACGCGAUUGGUCUGUAGUAA